GCCCUAUCCUAUAUUACUGUCUCUUCCUGGCGUCACGAAGCAGACUAUACAGAGGGUGCGGAGUGUUGGUAUGGUGACAAUGUCGCUGUACUUUUGCAAAUGAGGAUAGAACGCUUCUCGGACACAUCAAACUUGGAAUUUUUCGAGGGUGUUGCGUCUUUGGUUGGAGAUUAUGAUCUGAUAUCUGAACGCCUCAGUACGCCCUUGACAGUGCGAAUCGUCUCAAUCAUGGCGAGACUUACAAAUUCACCGUGCCAACGCACAUACUUGUCCACAGAAUGCAGACACGAGGAGCCUAAGAUAGAUGAUGACGAGCCAAUACUUCGGCUCUCUAGCCUCCGACACAUUCUCCUUCAGACUGGUUACGACACGUAUGAGAUAUCAAAGCUACAGACGACGCAAGGCACUGCUCAGAACCCAGAAUGUCUCAUUACUUGCGAGCUGCAUUUUCACCCACUUCAUGAACUUAGUUCACAUUAAGAUUCAAUACAGUGAUCUCAUGGAAACUCCAUGUCCAUUCGACCCCGAGUUUGGUGUGGCUGUGAUCGGCAGCUUGCUUGACCAAGGACAUUUGUUUCCGAAUUUCGGAAUGCAUACUUGGUUAUGGCCCCUAGUGGAAGAACCGGAAAUCAUUGGUGACUGGCGUCCGACUCUCCUGGAAGUCAUGCGUCUAUCCUUCAAGUUGCCGGUGGCGACCUCACUACUCCGAUUCAGGGCAUUCUUGAGCGCCUACUUCGACACAAGGGCAAUCUUUGUUUCACGCUAGAAGUAAAGAUUAACGAGGCUGGGGCAUAUUCAGUAUCACUGGAACGCCCGGGAGUAGGCAAGCGUCGCCUUUGUCUCGCUGGAAUGUCGAUGGGAUGGAAAGGAGCCAUGUGUCAAGGGCGGUAGGAGCAAUGU